AGGGUCAUGUAGGGAUCCCACCCCUUCUCUGUGUUUCCACUCUGCAGCUCUACACAACUUUACACCUGAAUGAACGCCAAACCUCUGUGGAUAUAUAAAGGGAACCUUGAGGAAGAAUUUCACAGUUACAGUGCAGAAGCAGAGGGAAAGGAAUUAACCAGCUCUUCAGCCAAGCAAAUCCUCUAUUCACCAUGCUUCCUCCUGCCAUUCAUUUCUCUCUCAUUCCUCUUGCAUGCAUUCUAAUGAAAAGCUGUUUGGCUUUUAAAAAUGAUGCCACAGAAAUCCUUUAUUCACAUGUGGUUAAACCUGUUCCAGCACACCCCAGCAGCAACAGUACGAUGAAUCAAGCCAGAAAUGGAGGCAGGCAUUUCAGUAACACUGGACUGGAUCGGAACUGAACAAAAAGCUAGACAAGUCAAAAUCACCCCGCUGUACCCAAGUGCAUUCCUAAGGCAGCUGCAGGAAGCUCGGGUUCAAGUGGGUUGUCGGGAACUGCGUUCCACCAAAUACAUCUCAGAUGGCCAGUGCACCAGUAUCAGCCCCCUGAAGGAGCUGGUGUGUGCGGGUGAGUGCCUGCCCCUGCCUGUGCUCCCCAACUGGAUCGGGGGAGGCUAUGGCACCAAGUACUGGAGCAGGAGGAGCUCCCAGGAGUGGAGGUGUGUCAAUGACAAAACUCGGACCCAGAGAAUCCAGCUGCAGUGUCAAGAUGGAAGCACGCGCACCUACAAGAUCACGGUGGUCACUGCCUGUAAGUGCAAGAGGUACACUCGGCAGCACAAUGAGUCCAGUCACAACUUUGAGAGCAUGUCGCCAGCCAAGCCAGCCCAGCAUCACAGAGAGCGGAAAAGAGCCAGCAAAUCCAGCAAACACAGCAUGAGUUAGAACUCAGACUCUCAAAACUGGACUCACUAGUAACCAUCUGCUUUACAGAUUUGAUUGCUUGGAGGACUUAAGCCUGCCAUUGCUAUUUUCUCACUCGAAAAUAAAUGCUUUCUGCUUUGAUCAAACCCAGCAAGCUGUCCUAAGUAUCAGGACCUUCUUGGAAAUAGUUUUCCUUUUCAAUUUUUUCAAGAUAUAGACAUAUCCAUGAGUGCAAUUUGCAUUUAACUUUCGUGAAUCCUGUAGCUUUAAUUCCCUGUGGUUCUUAAAAGAUUAUAUACAUCACUAUAUAUACAUCACUAAAUCAUGUUUCAAAAGAGAAAAAUGCUUCUCAGUUACCUGCAGCUCCCUGGCCCAUCCCCCAGACAAAACCUUUUCAAAAAGGAUUUUUUUAAGUUGUUGCCUUGAACAGUAAACAUUUCAGUAAAUACUUGUGGGGGUGGGAGGGUGGUAAUUUUCAAGGGAACAGUUUAUCAGUCAUAAGUAGUCUCCCUUUGAGAGAAUGAAAAUCCUCAUGAAAUUUAACUUCAAAAAAAGUCCUAUAGUUUUUACAGUCUCACCAUAUGAAAUUAUACCCUGCAUGCUGACCCUCGCUUGGAAUGGAAUGCCAGAAAUGCAUGGCAGCAGCUAAUAAGUAAAGCUGAUUAACUAUUUAUUUGUCAAUGUUAUUAUUUAAUGAGCUUUCACAUGUGAUUUUUUUUCAAAAUGUUAAUUUUUUUUUAUGUUUUGAAGCUUUUUCAUGUACCUAAAUAUUUUCCCUUGUGAUUUGUGGUUGACCUAGAAAUAUGAGAAUACUUGUAGAUAUGUAAAAUAAAUAUUUUAGUUUCCUUAUUACAUAUAUGUUUCAUCAAGAACUUUGCCAAUAGUAUGGAUCUUUUUAAAUCAAUAAGAUGCUUUGUAAAGCUUUGUAAAGCUGAAGUAUGUAAUACUUUCUUGUUUAAUCUGUGCAAUCAGAAGGUGACUUGACCUUCAGUUCCAUUAAAAAAAAAUAAACACUACAAAAAG